CCGCGGGAUGGUCUUUGUUUUGUGCGGGAUGAACCCUCAGUCAGUCACUUGUCCUGUUCUGUUCUCUGUUUUUGUUCUCUCUUCCUUCUGCUGACCGAAUUGAAAUUAAAAGAUCUAAUAAACUUCCAAAUGGCUCCAAUCUCGUCCAAGACGGGAAGUCCGAUGAAGACGUCGUCCUCUUUGAAUGUGGAGGAGGAUGUCACAAAGGCGAAAAAAAGUCGGUUGGCGAUAAGUGACGUCAAAACAGAGCUGCCCGAUUACGACUCGGCGUCAGAAGAUGACCAAGAGUUUCCGGAACUCAAGGUGAAAAAGGAGGAGGAGGAAGAUGAUAAUGAAGAGGAAUUUCCAUCUGUGGCGACGACUAAGCCGGCUGGACGGGAAACGUUGAGGGCGACGAGGUCACAGACCUCUUCAAAUAAGGGAUCGAGCUCCAGUUUGGGGACAGGUGAUGAGACAACCAAACGAAGCGGCAGCAUUCAUGACCGUCUCGGUGACCAGACCGGCCGACGUGGCUCCAUUCACGAUCGACUCGGCGAACGCGGCAGUGUUCACGAUCGGCUCGGCGAAAAUACACUCAAACGACCCCUCAGUUCGACCAGUAUGCGUUCCUCCAACGAUUCCAAGCCAGGUUUUGAAGUGGAAACUGACGUCACAACUUUGGGCAGGAGACAGAAACAGAUCGAAUAUGGGAAAAAUACACCGGAAUACGUUCACUAUGCUGAAUCAGUGCCACGCCCCGAUCGUAAACCAUUUCACCCAAAGACGCCCAACAUGCAUCGAAAAUACAGUCGUCGCGCGUGGGACGGUCUCGUCAAACAGUGGCGGCUCAAUCUCCACUGCUGGAGUCAAAAAGCCCAAGACAGCGGCGCCGAGCUCAAGAUGGAGCUGGGCGAAAGUGCGGCCUCAUUAACGCCAAAAGAAGAAGGUUUAAACGACUCUUUCACCUCGGAAUCCACAAAUGUCGAAACGGACUCCACCUCGUCCUCCAUCUCGGCCGCGUUUUCGGUCGGAGUCUCCUUCGCAAACCAAGUUUUGCUCAAGGUGGAACCCAAACUUGAAAAGGACGACGACGACGACGGCAUCGAAAACGACGCCCUCGACACCACGAUGACUGAAUCAUCUCAGCAAAGUCAAGAUAAAGAAGGGGACGAUAAGUUGGGCACUUCUUGGGCGGACGAGGUCGAGGAAGAGUAUUACGAAGGAAGUGAUGGUGGUGAAGGGGAGAUUAUUACGCCACCAUAAAAAUGGCCCAUUUUUCAAGGUUCUAGUUUUUUUUAAAUAGUACACGAGUCUUGUAAAAUAAGUGUUAAAUAACUACAUAGUUUCCCAUUUUCGAAAAUUUCCAAAAUUUACGUCUAUAACGUUGUUCUAAAUACUUCUAGAAAAGAAAAUGUUGGCUCUUUGUUAUCAAUUAAUGAUCAAUUAAUUAUUGCACAAAAAAUGCAGAUUAAUCAUAUAUAUUUUUCGCUUUAUAAACACUUCUUGUUGAGAUUUCCUCCUAAAUUAUUUGCUGCCAGUGUACAUACUUUUGUAUAAAUAGUUACAUGAUGAAUAUCUUACUGUAAGUGAAUCUAGGUCCAUAAAUUAAGUUAAUUAUGCAGCAAAUGUAUUUGUGUAAUUUGGUAUUUAAAUAUACGACUAUUUAAACGAGUCGUCAUCAUGCAAUGUAAGACGAGAAUGUGAAGAAUUAAUUAAUUAAUAUGAUGCGAAUUUUUUUGCAAUGCUCAACUUUUCCCAAGAUGAUAGUGUAAGAGCUCAAAUUUGCUAAAACUUUAACUGUAUUCAACAUAUUUGCAAAUGUGACAUUUCAAAGGAAUAAUUUCGGCUCAGCUUCUCGUCUUCCCAUAAAAAUAACUAACUUUUUUAAAAAAUUUGACCACCCGGCCAGGCCAAGCCACUAAACAUUUAUCCCUUAAUUUUAAUUAAAAAUUUGACUACAGCACAAUUAAUUUAAUUUAAUUAGA